UAACAUCACCACGAAACUACCCUCCAAGUUCAUGAAUCCUCCCUCCUCUAUAUAAACCCUACCACUUUCAGCUACAUUCACACACACCAUCCUCCUUCCUGCCCAUACUUGAUCGCCAUUAACAAUAAAAAGGCGAAAAAAAAAAUGCCUUCUUCCAAUACCACCAUCGUCUCAAGAUGCACAAUCUACCCUGACCAAAAAUCCACCACCAUCGAAACCCUACAGCUCUCAGUCUCUGACCUCCCCAUGCUCUCUUGCCAAUACAUCCAGAAGGGUGUCCUCCUCCCUUAUCCACCAUACUCCAUUGAUGACCUCAUCACAUUCCUCAAACACUCCCUCUCCGUCGCUCUUUCUCACUUCCCUGCUCUUGCUGGCCGCCUCCAAACUGACCCUAGUGGCCAUGUCCAUAUUGUAUGCAACGAUGCAGGCGUUGAUUUCAUCCAAGCCAAAGCAAGACACCUCUCUAUCCACACCAUUCUUUCUCCAACCGACGUCCCUGAAUGCUUCAAAGGAUUCUUCGCAUUCGACAAGACCCUCAGUUAUUCGGGUCAUUCAAAACCAUUAAUGGCAGUUCAGGUCACUGAACUGCAAGACGGCAUAUUCAUUGGCUGCUCGGUAAACCAUGCUGUUACUGAUGGCACUUCAUUCUGGCACUUUUUCAAUACCUUCGCUGAAAUAUGCAAGGGAUCUAAAAAAAUUUCUAAUUCACCAGACUUUUCCCGCAACACCUUGUUUAACUCACCUGCGGUGCUUAAAUUCCCUGCCGGUGGGCCGAAAGUGACAUUUUCUGGUGAUGAGCCAUUGCGUGAGAGAGUUUUUCAUUUUAGAAGAGAAGCAAUUCUCAAGCUCAAAUUCAGAGCUAAUAACAGUGAUUUAAUUUGCAAUUCGGCGGAGAUUUUCGGAAAGCAAAGAAACGACAGUUGGAAAGCCGCUAACGGAGAAAGUAACGGGAAAGUAGCUACCCUUUUCUUAGUGAAGGACAAAACUGCGGAGAUUUCCUCGUUUCAGUCCCUUUGCGCGCAGCUAUGGAGAUCAGUGACACGUGCGAGGAAACUAAUGCCGUCUAACAUGACGACGUUUCGUAUGGCAGUGAAUUGCAGGCACCGGCUGGAGCCACAGCUGGAGCCGUAUUACUUUGGCAACGCGAUUCAAAGCAUCCCAACGACUGCUUCGGCUGGAGAGCUUUUAUCAAAGGACCUGAGCUUCGGAGCUGAAUUGCUGCACAGAAACGUCGUCGCACAUGAUGAUGGUACGGUGCGGAAGGGUAUAUCAGACUGGGAAAAGGAGCCGCGGUUAUUUCCGUUGGGGAAUUUUGAUGGAGCAUCAAUCACGAUGGGGAGUUCUCCAAGAUUUCCAAUGUAUGAUAACGAUUUUGGGUGGGGCCGACCUUUGGCAGUGAGGAGUGGUAGGGCCAAUAAAUUUGAUGGGAAGAUAUCAGCUUUUCCUGGGAGAGAUGGAAAUGGGAGCGUUGAUCUUGAGGUUGUUUUGUCACCUGACACAAUGACUGGUCUUGAAAACGAUGAUGAGUUUAUGCAAUAUGUUUCAGAAAUUGUGUGAGUGGUUUACACUAUAGUGAAAGCUCUGGUUCAUUGCUUGAAGAAAAGAAAUGAAGAAAUAAAAAUCACAAUCGCUUUGGGGUAUAUUAUCCGGCCACGAAGUUGAGAGGAUAAGUUUGAGGGUCAUUAUUGACU